GCUCGCUCCCGAUGGGCUGCGUGCGCGCGUCGGCCCACCCCCUUGGCCUGGUCACCCGGGCUUGAAGUUCCCGCCGGGUCCGGCAUGGACUAGAGCAAUGCUUCCGGGCCCGCAGCGGCUUUGAGGCGAGAGGAGCGUCCUGACUACUCUCAGCUCGCGGACGGCGCCAGGCACAGGGUGCAACCAUGUCCACCGGUUUCUCCUUCGGCACCGGGACUCUGGGCUCCACCACCGGCGGCACGGCCGGUGGCUUCUCCUUCGGAACCGGGGCGUCUAGUAACCCUUCUGUGGGGCUCAAUUUUGGAACUCUUGGAAGCACUGCAACCCCAGCAACUACAUCUGCUCCUUCGGGAGGUUUUGGAACUGGGCUUUUUGGAUCUAAAUCUGCCACUGGGUUCACUCUAGGAGGAACAAAUACAGGAAUAGCAACACCUAUAACUACAGGAUUAACUCGGGCCACUACAUCUACAUCUACAACAGGUUUCAGUUUAGGAUUCAGUAAACCUGCAGCAUCCGCCACACCAUUUGCUUUACCUAUUACUUCUACCUCAGCUGGUGGUCUCACUCUUUCAUCUGCUCUGACAUCAACUCCAGCAGCUUCUACAGGAUUUACUCUAAAUAAUUUGAGUGGAACAACAGCCACAACAACCACCGCAUCAACGGGCCUCUCUUUAGGGGGAGCCUUAGCUGGUUUGGGAGGUUCGCUUUUCCAAAGUACAAACACAGCAACAUCAGGACUUGGACAGAAUGCUCUGGGCUUGACUUCAGGAACCACUGCAGCUACUUCAACUGCAGGCAGUGAAGGCCUUGGUGGUAUAGAUUUUAGUAGCUCAUCAGAUAAAAAGAGUGAUAAAACAGGAACAAGACCAGAGGACAGUAAGGCACUAAAGGAUGAAAAUCUACCUCCUGUCAUCUGCCAAGAUGUUGAAAAUCUCCAGAAAUUUGUGAAGGAACAAAAACAAGUCCAAGAAGAAAUUAGUAGAAUGUCUUCAAAAGCAAUGCUUAAAGUACAAGAAGAUAUUAAAGCUCUAAAGCAGCUUCUCUCAUUGGCUGCCAGUGGAUUACAGAGAAACACUUUCAAUAUUGACAAAUUGAAAAUAGAAACUGCUCAGGAGUUGAAGAAUGCUGAAAUAGCUUUAAGAACCCAGAAUACUCCACCUGGAUUUCAUCAUGAAAAUACAGCUCCUGCUGACUACUUCAGAAUCUUGGUUCAGCAGUUUGAGGUACAGCUUCAGCAGUACAGACAGCAGAUUGAAGACCUAGAAAACCAUCUUGCUACUCAAGCAAAUAACUCACAUAUAACUCCUCAAGAUUUGUCAAUGGCUAUGCAGAAAAUUUAUCAAACAUUUGUAGCUUUAGCUGCACAACUUCAGUCUAUUCAUGAAAAUGUAAAGGUGCUCAAAGAACAGUACCUUGGCUACAGGAAAAUGUUCUUGGGAGACGCUGUAGAUGUGUUUGAAGCCAGGCGAGCAGAAGCCAAGAAGUGGCAGAACGCUCCCAGAGUUACCACUGGACCCACCCCUUUCAGCAACGUGCCAAACGCAGCAGCCGUUGCCAUGGCUGCAACACUUACACAGCAGCAACAGCCUGCUACAGGGCCACAGCCAUCUCUGGGAGUUAGUUUUGGAACGCCAUUCGGCUCAGGUAUUGGCACUGGCUUGCAAUCAAGUGGCUUAGGUUCUUCAAACCUUGGAGGAUUUGGAACUAGCUCUGGUUUUGGAAGCAGCACCACAGGGGCCUCCACAUUUGGAUUUGGAACAACAAAUAAACCCUCAGGAAGUCUUAGUGCAGGCUUUGGCAGCUCAAGUACAUCUGGGUUUAACUUCAGCAAUCCUGGCAUCACGGCUUCAGCUGGUUUGACAUUUGGGGUGUCCAAUCCUGCCUCUGCAGGUUUUGGAACAGGAGGACAGCUCCUUCAGUUGAAGAAACCUCCAGCUGGAAACAAAAGAGGAAAAAGAUAGACAUAUGGGUUGAUGUAUUAAGAGAAUCCAUAGCAGCAUCGUUCACUCUAUUUUUCUAGAACUGAUGCAGUAAUUAAAUUGCAUCCCAGGAGAUUUAUAAAGUUUUACUAUUUUUCUCUACUCUGGAAUUUGAAUUUUGUUCAUAUUUGCCAUGCUGAACUGCUUUUUCCUUGUGAAUUUAAAACCCAGUUGUGUAUUUUUUUGUUAUUUUGAUUCUCCGUGUAAGAAAUGUUCUGAUUACAUCAUUGAUUGACUAGUAAAACCUAUUUAACCUAGUGUUGAUAGCAGCGUUUCUGUUAAUAAGGUUUACACUGUGUGGAUAUAUGCACAUUUGUUUCUUAAUACAGAUGAUAUGGACUCUAGAUCUCUACUAGAAUCAGUUUUGUUCCUGAUAAAGGCCAUUUGAUCUACACUGCAGGGCAUCUUAUGAAUAUGUUUGUAAAUAUAUACAGAAUAAUACACACAGUGGUGUGUACAUAUAAAACCUAUUUACAGACCUAUGGCUCUUGCCUCAGACUGUUCCCCUUUUCUAAGGGUAUUCAAUUUUUCACCUUUUAAGCUUCAAAUCCUCAGUGCUUGUAAAAUGAGCUAUAGAGGUACCAGGUCACUGUAAUUGUUUGCUUGAAGACUUGUUGAAAUAGUUACUGGUAUGUGACCGACUCAGCUUCAUUGCCCCAGCCUUUUCCAGUUUUGUUUCCACGUUAACUUUUAGCAGCUACUCCAAAUGAGGAAUGUUGUGAGACUGGUCUGACAGAUCUUAACAACUUUUGUUACCCUAUAUAUCCUCAUACUGCUUACUGCUUAUAUGAAGUGUUUUUCAUAUCUGAGAUGGACCUUCAGGAGCAUAUUUGGACUCCAGGCUGGUGUUCUGGGGCAAAGAGCUAUUAAGCCAAAUUGAUUCUAUGCAGGUGAAGGAUGCACUAUUACUUUAGUGGAAACUUUUCCAGCUCUUCCAAUACAGAGUUCUUUAUUACAGGGCUAUUGAUAACGACACCAAAUGGAGUGGCUUAUCAGCCUCUUAAUGUCUUAAGUAAGUGUAUAAAUGGAAUAGAGAAACAAUAUAUUUUAAGAAAAAUGUUCUUUGUAGCAACUAUAAACUAUCCCGUUUUAACAGUGAACAAAGCGCCAGGUCAUAACUCAUACGCAUGUCAGGUUGUGCUUCUGCAUAAAAUUUGUCUAUAUUAGUAUUAGAAGGAAGUAGAGUGGGUAAAAAAGAGAGCGCUUUGAAAGAGAACUGCCUUAGCCAUGAUUCCAGAGAAACCGUUAGGUAGACCUAUUUUUCUUUCAAGUACAGUUUUCAGAUGGAAUGUGAACAUGGAAUUUCAUUGAAAAUAGUUUAAUUUUUUAUAUAGAAGGUUUUGUAUAUAAUGUGCAUCAAGUGAAUAUUUUCAGAAUCAUUUUCACCAAGGCAUCUUUUUUUCUAAAAUAGUAUUGCAUUAUAUAUAAAUAUAUAUUUUUAGUAUAAUGUUAGUUGGGUUUGAUUAUAAAGAUGUUGUCAACUCUGUUUUAUUUAUCUGCAUUUUGCAGUGAUUGGCUUUUUUUAAAUUAAAAUUUAUGCACCUUGAUGUAUUAAAAUAUAGAAAAUUAUUUGCUUCUGAGCACUAAACUUGCUUUUAUUUUUGUGUACAUCUCUAAUUCUACAAUCCCCAAAUCCAAAUUGUGGGGAAGGUUAAGAAAAAGUGUGAUUUUUUUUGUGUUUUGAAUUACUGUCAGAAUUAAGUAUAUAGUUACAUAAAAUUCUUUUUUAAAAAUGAUAUUGAGCUGCAAAAAUCUGAAUAUUUAUAUUUCUUGUUUUUUCUUUAUGUAUUUUACAUUUUAAUAUGUUGAACCACUGGGAAUUUUGUAGCUGAUUACUUUGUCAUAGGAGUUUAAAUGUGUUGUCCUUGUCACCAUUGUCUUCACUUUGUCCAGAGCUGAUAAUAUGUAAACAAUAAAAUUUGUGUCAGUUGCUUUGAAUCUU